AUGCUGGUGAGAUGCAAGGGUUCUCGAAGACGACCGCGGGAUGAUGGCUAUAUGAUGCAGUGUAUCUCCUUUUAUGCACCGUUUCUUCUUCCCUCUUGUGCUGUCUUCCCUUCACCUUCUCUCUAUUCGUCUUCUCUUUGCUUCUUCUUCUGCUUCUUCUUCUUCUUCUUCUUCUUCUUCUCCGUGGGCCAAGCUUGA